AUGGGAGGAUAUAUCAUCACACCUGGAUUGAUUCCAUCAACUGUUGUCGUCCUCAUUUCAAGGACAAAGUAUUUCUAUGAACCAGGUGUCAUACCCAGCAGUGUUCGUGUGCUCCAGCUUAGAGGCGACACUGAGCUCUCAAAGAGUAGUACCGAGUUGUUGGUGGGAGUCAUUCCAACCUCAGUCACGAGCUUGGCGAUCAACGAUGACUAUCCAAUCUCAAAAAUACAUCCUGGUGCCAUACCAACAUCUGUCACCGAUCUGUAUCUGGGCCUCUGGCAUGGCAACUCAUUGUUGCAUCAACCAGGUGUGUUGCCAGAGUCUAUAACACAACUCACUUGGACAGAGUACACAAAGGUGGAGAACAAGCUGCAUCCUGGCGUCCUGCCAUCGUCAUUGACCAACCUCACAUUUUGGACACCAAUACGUGAUGACAAGGUCACGCCAGGCAGUAUCCCAUCAAACAUUCUCACUUUGAAGAUGCAACCAGUGUAUGGUCAUGGUAUCAUUCCAUCCAAUGUCACCGACCUUUGUUUCACAUCAAACUGGAGCAGUCCCAUCACACCAGGACUUCUGCCCAACUCAGUCACUCGGUUGGACAUUGGCAAGUUCAACACCUACAGACACGAUUACAAUCAGAACACAUUCCCAUUGUCCUUGACACAACUCAAGAUGAAUGUUCACGAUUCGCCACCACCUGGCGCGCUUCCAGCCAGCCUCACUGAGCUGGACCUAGGUCUGGACAAGAACGGGACGUCUGGACUGCUCGUCGGCUCAAUUCCACCACUUGUCAAGGUGUUGUUUAUACGAGGAUUGAAUCAAACCUUGGUACAAGGUCUGCUCCCAAACACCCUUGAGGUGCUUGACCUCCUAACCUCCAACUUCAAUCAUCCCAUCACUGUCAAUUCGCUUCCUCCAUCUCUCAAACGUAUCAAUCUUGGUGAGAUGUACAAUCAUCCCUUCCCGCCUGGUGUCCUACCCAAUUCGCUUACCAGUAUACGACUCGGCUUUCGCUUUGUACAAUUGUUGGAGCCUGGAUCAAUUCCUCAAUCACUCACUCAUCUCGCAUUGUGCGGUAACAUGACUCAGAGUGGCAGUGAUGUAUGGCCACGAUCAAUCAAACAUAUAGAGUUGCGAGUUGGUCACCUUGGUUUAAUACCACCUGGUAGACAUUAUGACAGUGUAUCACUACAUGGUAAAGUUGAUCAGACUGACCAAGAAUUCAUUCGUCUAUUCAUGUCACCAUCAACUCGUAUCACAUCCAAUGUCAUUACGAAUGGAGUGGCGUCAAUCCAAGAUCCAUGGCGAGUGCGCCACAUUGACCCUCACUCGCGGGUAUCCUUCCGAGAGACACCAGAUACCCUAAUCAAACAGUUCUACACCUAA